UGAGGACGGAUCGCGCCGGUGUAGUGCCUGCCGGUUCCGUUCUCAGUUUACAUAGUUCCGAAAAAAUCCGAUCCCUAUUUGAGACGUUUAUGGAUGAAAUUUUUCUUCGUGAGAGUCUAAAUCUAUGGGGGAAGCGAAGAGACGAGGAAGGGGACAAUUGAUGUUUUGGCCUCUGGAGGGGAGGGCUCGCUUUGGCUGGGCCUUUUUACAGCAAAGAACCAUACUGCUAAUCUAUUGGGAAAGAGAAGAGACGAGGAAAGGGACAAAUGACAUUUUGGCUUCUGGAGGAGAGGUUUUUGGUUAAAUCUUUUUCCAGCAAACGAAGCCCCUUGAGUGUUAUCGUUUGGCUUUAUUCUUUAAAAAAAUUUUACAAAAGACAAACUUUACAACCGACCUGGGACCCAGUUGUCCUCAAUGACGCGCAGCUCUUUAUCGAAAAAGUGAAGAAAUGCUUGAAGUCUCGGCGGCAUGCAAAAGCAUCCGACUUUUUUGAGUCUAAUAGGAAAGAGAAAUGGUGUUGAGAUAUCUAAUAAUUGAAAUUCAAACUGAG